AUGAUGGUAAGUAAAAGGCGGUCAUAGCAAGGCUGGGGAGCCGAAAUAUCAGCCUGUCGGGAAAAUAACGCGCACAAUGUCGUUGCGUCGAUUGUGUUGCCGAAGUGAAAAGCAAUUUGAUUUUGCCGCGACACAAUUCAUUUUCUCGGCGGCGAUCACAAUUUUCGCUGCGACAGAGCUCUCAUUAUUUUCCCGACAGACUGAUACACCGAUAAAUGUAUACUAUAAACAUUUGGCUGUUAUGCGAAUACGUUGUUGGUGAAUAAACACUGCCGCAUCCCGACUUUUCGGGUCGUUGACAGUUCGGGUCGGCACAAAAUCGAUCGAUACGGGGCACGGCAACCCAGGGAGUCUCCCGCCUCGUUUCGGAACUUCGCCCACCUAGUAUCGGCUGAAUUCAAACGGAAUGUCAAAAAUGAAUUUUUCUUGUGGUUUUCCGACCGAAAAAUAUUUUUCUCGGAAUUAUUUUAUUUCUUUUGUGAAUUUUGACACUUCGUUUGGACGAAAUUCAAAAGUGGGCGGGAGACAUUUGUGUUCGAUUUUGGGUUGCCGUGCGGGGUGUAGGGCAGGUGGAUGCCCAAAAAAAGGUUGAGAGAGUGCUUAGGAGGCCUCACAAAGCCGUCGAAUGGCCGGCGGACGCUCGGCGAAGGCUCAGUGGUGACUUUGGGAGGAUCUACAAUAUAUCCGCUACAAUAAUGUCCCGCUUUUUUAAUUUUAGCUAUUUAAAACGUUAAUUUUCUUUAGCCCGGUUUAUUGAAACGUGUAAAAGAAAUUUGUGGCAAAAAACGAAGAUCCAUAUUUCCAUCAAUUUUGGUCGCGACGCAUAGUGCAUUUUGCCUCAUUGCUCAAAAUCGCGGGCCGCCCCCCUUUGGCCCAAGAGCCAUGUCUACUGCUCAGCGUACAGCUUCUUUAAUCCACUACAAUCCUCUGUAGAGCAAAGUUGUUGUAUUACAAGCCCGAAUGAACAAAGCUCCGCUUCUGCCUCUGGGCUUACGUAUGUGGUUUUUGUUCAUACAUAACUGUGUCUUGUAAGCUACAAAACCACAACGCAUAAGCUGGACACAAGUUUUGUAGAGAGUUGUGGGUGCCACGUUAAGCUAUUGACAUGACACAGCGGUCAAAAAUGCUGCUGAUUGCAGUCGCAUGGCAUUCCGAAAACGAUUGUCAGUCUGUCGGGAAAAUAAUUUAAAUACCAAUAGCGACUAGACUAAGAAUGGCUGCAAACCGGGCCAGCCCGGCCCGGCCCGGCCCGGGCCGCAGGCCCGGGCUUGAAUCUCCAAGCCCGGCCCGGGCCCGGGCUUGGAAAAUUUGGAAAGCCCGGCCCGGUUCGGCCCGGCAAAUUUUAUACUAGGUUGGAAAGAAAGAAAGCGGGAAAUGAAAGGAAAAUUAUGGCAAAUUUUCGCAAAAUGUAAAGAAGAAUUUACCAAAACCUAGGUACAUAAGGUCACUUUACGUUCGCUAUUAGCAGUGUGUUCGAAAAAAUGAAAAAUUCUAUCGAAAAAGCAUAUUUUUUCCUUUUUUCCGGGCAAAACUUAGAUUUCAAAAAAACCGGGCCGGCCCGGGCCGGGCCGGGCCUAAAAAUCGAAGCCCGGAGUCGGGCCGAGAAAUUAGUCGGCCCGGCCCGGGCCGGAAAAUUUUGCAAAGCCCGGCCCGGAGCCAUGAAUAGACUAGACAUGACUGGGGGGCCGGAAGAGGUCGGCCCGGCCCCCUUCAAAUUUUCCCGGCCCGGCCCGGGCCGGGGGGCCGACCGGGGGCCGGACUGUAAACAUAAAUACCGCAUUGAUUACGGGUGUAACACAUUUUUUUGUUAUAACCAUCGACAAUAAAUUUUUAAAACAAACAAUUACCAACCAUUGCCUAAAGCACUUCAAAAAAUCCAAUCGGUUCUUGGCUCUGCGUUUUAUUUUUAUUGGCAACCCUAAUUUUCGCGUUGAGACUGAGAAUUUUAGUCAUUGGGGGCCAAUUGGCGGCCUGGCGGCCCGGCCGGGGGCCUUUAAAACUCGUUCGGCCCGGCCCACUCGCGGCUAGCCAUGUCUAGCCGCGAGAAAUUCCCAGGACUUUUCUUUCCGCGACAAGUAUCAGUCUGCCGGGAAAAUAAUGUAAAUCUGCCGCAGCGAAAUGUCAUGUCUCGUCGCGGUCGCGCACCAAAUCUCCGGCCGCGGCUAGCCGUCGCAAAGCGAUAAUGGGUGAUUCCAAACCGCGACGAAUCCACAAUAUUUUCUUUGGGCCGGGCCGAAGCAACUUCAAAACUGGGCUUUCUUCGUCCACCGUACCAAUAGCGACGGGAAAAAUAACGUUCUGCAAUUUGCCAAUAAUUACGUUACGGUUUGCAAUUUUGCCUUGAUUUCGCGACUGGACACAAAAAACUUUUUUGAUAUUUCGUUCCUCAGGCCGUAGAAAGCGCAGUUCAAGCAUAGCUGUAGCCAUGGAAAUGGUUUGAUACCAAUUUUUGGUCUCAAUGAUCUCUUAUGAAUCUUUCUCCUCAAAAAAAUGUUUUUUUCAAACAAACGGAUCUGUUACAAAUUUAGUAAUGACUUUUGAUCGGUCUCAAAUAAAAUUUUUUUUUCUUUGUUCUCAAAAAAAAUCUCAAUGACAACAUAUAUACCCUUAAAAUACAUUCAAAACUCCACCUCUUCCCACACAGAUUUUGACAUAAGUCAUCUAUGUAUAUGUCUACGUACUACCACUCAAAACAGCUCCGCAAACAAUGUCGGGGUACACGGGCGACGGCUUUGACUUGUGGCCCAUUGUGGGCCGAGUAUUUGAACGUGGCGUUCAGAUCUGCUCUGACUUGUUAUGUCAGAAGCCGGUUGUUCUUUAUAAGGAUACGUUGAAAAUUGUUUAAGCCAGUUCUUUGUGUGCGGUGUGCUGUGAGUACAAGGAUGACGGAGCAUGUGAGUGGGGGUGGGCAAAAAUAAAAAAAAAUGGUUUUUUUGGGGAAAAAAAAACGUUGCACAGAGGUAUUGGCUAUAGUAAAUUUUUGUUAAAAAAGUUAUCAACGGAUGUUAUAGACCUUGUCCCUUUGCUGUCUCUAUUUUUUGAGGCUGACGACAUAAAUAAUUCUUCUUGACAACCAUUCGGCAAUUUUAAAAUUGGGAAAAAAUCCUGUUUUCAUUUUUGUUCAAAAUUCACAAUUUUAUAGUUUAACCAGUAAGGGAUAAUUUUUUUCAGCUUGCCUUCCAAUUCCACAAGAUGAUCCAAUGGUCGGUCCGAGGGAUUCAAGUCGUAUGUUUUUGCGGGAUUCUGUACCUCGGUUUCUAUAGUGUCAUGGAUUUAACAGGGGAUCGGCUGACGAUUCAGGAAGGUGAGAUUUGAAUUUUUUGAUCUGAGAAAGAAGUUUUUUGAUUAUUUUAUUUUUUCAGUUUUUUUAUUUUUUUGAGAUAAUUUUAUUUUUUUAACUUUUUUAUCAAUUUUUGGGAUUUUUUUCUUUUAUUUUUCCCUACUUUUUUAUAUAUUUUUUUUUAUUUUUUGUUUUUUUAAAUUUUUUAGUCUUUAAUUUUUUUUCAAUUUUCAAUUUUUUUCAUUUUUUUGGCUAAUAAUUUAUUCUUAUACAUUUUUUUGAUUUUUCAAACUAUAUUUUUUUUAAAUAUUUUUUUCUAAAAAAAUAUUUUUUUUAAUCUUAGCUCAAAAAGUUCUUAAUUAAUCUUUUCCGUCAUUUUCCUUCACCCAAAAAUAUUUUUUUAUUCUAAAAAAGUAUAUUCUUUAUUUCCAGAGAACACACUGCAAAUUCCCCGUUACAAACCUCAUGAAAGUUUGGUCAACCUAGACUGUCAAAAAUACAUGAAAGAAGAUGCUCCCGUCUAUAUUCCCCGUCGACUGGCUGAUCCGCAGACCCUGUCAAUGAGUUGUGAUGACAUUAAAGCUAGAAGGAAUUUCCUGAACAUCACUUAUCCCGAAGAGGCCGAUUUCCCAUUGGCUUUCGUGCGGGCGCUCUUUAAGGUGAGAAAAUCUCGAAUUUUUCGGGGUUUUUGGCCAAAUUUGUUGUUUCAAAUUGCGAAAAUAUUGCCUGAACAGUUCUCAAAUUAAUUUUUAGAAAUUUUAGCUUUUGCUUUUCAAGCUAAACACAUUUAUUUUGAGAUUUUUUAAACAGUGAUUACUAAUUUUGGCGAAAAAAGUUCAAAAUCGGAUAGCUCAAAGAUCGACUGGUCGAUUUCCUUCAAAUUUGGCCCAAAUGUGCCACAAGGUAUAUGUUAUAAUCCCUCAACAUUUUAGCUCACGAUUCGCAAACCUCGCUGAAAUAUGCAACUUUUUUCGUGGGUGUGAGCUGGGAAAAUUUUCAAAUUUUUUUUAUUAAAAUCUCCUGAAUAAGCUGCUUCCUUCAAUUCGCCCACAACAAUACACGUUUCAUCGAUUCGCGAGAAACAUUUUUGAUUCAUUUGACAUUGAUUUCAAUAUACGUAAAAUCCAAAAAUAUGAUACGAAGAUUCAGCUGGGUAAAUAGCGCAAAAAACAUCAAAAACAGGUCCAAAUUUAAAAUCCGUCCCUGAGAUCAGAGUACCAUAGAAAUACUUCUCCCAAAAGCAAUGUUUUACCAGAAAAAUUCAAAAUGAAAAGUCAAAAAAAAAAAUUUUUUUUGCUGAUUUCUCAUCAUUUUCAAUGUCCGAAAAACAAUUGUUGAAUAUGUUAAUUCAACUAGUUUAGCGUAAGCUAAAAUUUUUAGAAAAUGAUAAGAGACCCAUACAGACUAUUCAAGCAAAAUUUCAAAAAAAUCCGGCCGGUCAAAAAAAUUUUACGCCCAAUUCUUUAGGCCUACCUUCUCUUUGCGGCGGCGCUAAAAGUCGUUGAAUACCCGAACUAAACUUGCGUAGCAUGAGCUAAAAUUUUUAGAAUAUAAUGUAAAGCCUAUGCAGACUCUUGAGCGAGAUUUUCAAAAAAAUCCGACUGGUCGAAAAAGUUUUACAACCACUUUUUUCAGGACUACAAUUUCCUUGAGAUAGUGUUUAAAAUCGUUAAAUAUCUUUGCUAAACUGGCAUGUCAUUGGCCAAAAUUUUAAGAAUAUAAUCUGAGACCUAUACAGACUCUUGUACCAAAUUUUCAAAAAAAUCCGACUGGUCGAAAAAAUUUUACAACCAUUUUUUUAGGAUUACAUUCUUUUGGAAAUGGAGCUGGCCGCUCAUUACAAUCCGAACAACUUUUACUGCUUUGUACUGGACUCCAAGGCGGAUGCUGAUUUCAAGACUCGCGUCAGAGCUCUCUCCACCUGCUUUGAGAAUGUUAUUGUCGCCGAUAAAGAGUUUGAAAUGUCUUCGAGAGGGAGGAAUAUCAACCAGGCCCAAUAUUACUGUAUGGAACAGCUGCUGGAGAAGGAUUGGAAAUACGUUUUGUUGUUGGAGGUGAGGAGAUUUUUGGGAUUUUUCGGGUAUUGCUCGAAUAUUUUGGAGGUUAAAAAACAAAAUUUUUUGAUUUUUUGGAUGUUUCUGCAUAACGCGAUAACUUUUUUUUCAAAAAAAUCAUGGCCUGAAGUGAAAUUUUUGGAUGUUUCUGCAUAACGCGAUAAAUUUUUUUUACAAAAAUCAUGGCCUGAAGUAAAUUUUUUUGGUGUUUCUGCAUAACGCGGAAUAAAAUUUCCAAACCAUUAAUAUUUUUUUUGCUCCUGCAGAACCACGAUAUUCUAAUCAAAACAAAUCAAGAGCUUGUGAGGAUACUGAAAUUAUAUCAAGGAGCAAAUGACGCUGGUGCUUUCCAUCCAGACUCAAUGGCCGAUUUCCGAAGGGCAUUCAUAAAACCCGGGAGGUUCACCUUGGACAAGCUGAAGAUCUUCAAAAACGGUAAGUUUAUGAAAAAGUUUAAGACACACGGUUUCCUGACUCCUUCGAGAUUUUUAAGCAGAAGUUUGGUGAAAAUGUGACGUCAUUUUGCGAAUUUUUUCCAUGAAAGGUUUUGUGGCCUAUGGCCGAAAUGCACGAAGGACGGAAAGGUCCGCUAAAAAAAAGAAAAGAAGAGGGCGGGGAGAGGGGAAGGUUUUCGAUGGCGCUGAUUUCAAAUAUCGUAUCCAUUUUUUCUGAAUUUUACAAUUUUGCUUAAGCAGUAGUGUUAAUAAGGAAUUAAAAAAAUUUUUUUUUGAGUAAUGGAUUUAGGGGUUUUCGGUGGUGCUGAUUUUGAAAAUCGUAUUCAUUUCUUCCGAAUUUUUGCCUACCUUCCUCAAUUCUUUAAAAGAAAUGUUUUAUUUGGUAAAAAAUUGGUCAACUUGUAUGAUAUUGUGAGAAAACUUAUGACGCUUUUUUCGUCUUUACAGCGAAAAUGACACUACUGCUUAAGCAAAAUUGUAAAAUUCAGAAAAAAUUAAUAUGAUUUUUGAAAUCAGCGCCAUCGAAAACCUCCCCCCUCCCCUCCUCCGCUUUCCUUUUUUUAGCGGACCUUUCCGUACUCAAUCAUCAAGUAAUUUUUUUGCUUCCUUAUAUAAUAUUUAGUUUUUUUAGACACUUUAAAUGACCCCAGCCGUGAACUUGCCAUUGCCAAGAGCAUCACAGCAAGCGCUCUGACCAAUGAGGCUGUAAAAUACAUUUUUAAGGUAAGAAAGUUGGCAAAAAAUUAGGAAAAUGUAAAUCUAUUUUCAUUUUUUUUCUUUUUUAUUCUAAAAAUAAAAAAAAGUUUAAUAUUUUUUUCAGAAUCUAAGCGUCUCAAAUUUGAUGGAAAUAAUGAAUGGAGAGUCUUUUGAACAUGAGUCGUUCACAAGCACUCUAAAUGCGAACGAACUUCUCAAUAUCCCCGGCGGAUUUACAACGCAUUGUCUGGACAAAGUGAAUGUGGAUACCAUUGUGAGGUGAGAUUUUUUUAUAUUUUUCGAAAAUUAAAACAAAACUUGAAAAAUAAUUUUUUUUACGAAGGACAAUCUGACAGGGGAAGUACUCCAAGUCCGACGCUCAGAUUUUCUUUAAAUUUUGCACACACAUCGGGUAUGCACUAAAUAUCAAUUCCUGAAAGUUUUAGCUCGCGCUUUGCGGGCGCCGCCGAGAUAUCGAACGAUUUUUGCCGCCGAGAGAGCACACUAAACGUGGAGAGCGGUCAGAGAGCAAAACGCUUUUUGGCCAUAACUUUGGCAGUUUCGUGCGGAAAAUUUUGAUUUUUUGUAGAAACAUUAUCCUUUACGGUAGAAAUAGGCAUGAAACGUUUCGUGCCGAAAUUCGGCAAAAAGUCAUAAAUUUUCGCCGACUUUCGAUCCAAAAUUCUCGGUUGUUUCGGCAAAGCGCGAGCUAGGAUUCCCGCAUAUGUCUUAGAAAAAAAUGUUCUAAAUUUGUGCCAAGUUUUAUCAAAAUCUGAGCGUCGCACUUGGAGUGCUUCCCCUGUGAGGCAAUUUUGUAAGUCCAAAACUUUUUUUCAAAUUAUUUUUUUUCCAAAAAAUUCACGAAAAAAAUCACUAAAACCCCUAAAAAAAUUCAGAUACACCCACUGGGGAAGCCGUGGCUGCCAUUCGCGCCAUCUGCGCCACCACGUUUGCAUUAUGGGAAUGGGCGACCUGCGCCCGAACAUGAUGACGCGCCCGCAGUUCACGGUGAACAAAAUGAUGCCGUCGGUGGAUUUCGGCGCCAUUGGCUGUUGGCAGGAGUUCAUGUACAAUAAAACGCAUCUCGAACGCAAUCCCUACAUCGACGAGGCCUUUUACGUUAACCUUCCGUACGUGGAAUGGAAUCGCCUCCGGGCCGAAGGGACCUUGGAAAGGGAGAAAUUUGAUUGCAAAGAACAUGAACGAGAACAUUUGAGUCGCUAUUAG